AUGGCAGCCAGACCCACUCUCGCUCUUCCUCAGACCUCUGCGAGGUUUGAAAUGGAAAGGGCCAAUUCCCCUUCUUCUUCGUCGGAAAGUCUUACGGAGAGGAGGCCAAAUGUCAAGCUUUCGGAGCCGCCAAAGCCAAGAUUCUCGAAUACGACUCUAAAAUAUGCUCAGAUGCCACUUCCAACACCUCCAGAUUCCGCCGGGCUCAUGGAAGGAUACAAACUGCAGUUGACUCUUAUGCCACCAACGCCAGGUCAAGCCCCUUCUGGAUAUUCGACACAAGUUGCAAAGGCUAGGAGAAAGUCCCAAGUUCUUCCAUAUCUUCUUACUGUUGAGGACGUAGAAGACCAAACGGAGUGCUUUUCUCCCAGUUCUACCAACUACUCUGGGGCCUCUGAAUUUGGGGAUAAUUACAGCCGGUCUGGUAGAGACUCGGGAUACACUGCCGCUGCAGAUGCUCCCCCAGUCCCUCCUCUCAGCCCAACCGUGACCAAUAUGUCGAAGAAUGGAUCGAAGCGAAAGUCCUCCAGACUCAGCAUCCAGACUUCUGCAGCUGAUCUGAUGAAAGAAUUCAAUCCCGAGACAGUUGUUGUCCCAAGGCCACCGGCAACUACCAGCUUGAUCGUUUUAAACGACGGUCGCAGAAUGACAAUGCAGAGCGAGGGUGCCAUAACUAACGCAACUAUUCCAAUGACUCCAAUUACCCCAAAGACCCCAAUUUCACCAUCUCUACCUUUGGCCAAGGCUAUCAGAUCAUCCGGUCUAUCCCUCGCCGAGCGAAGAGCCCUUGCGAAGUCGGGCGCCAAGGUCCCCGCCCCUCUGGCAUCACCAGUUACAAACGAAGAUGGUGAAAGACUACCUACUAGCCCUCCACCAUUGACCUCCAGGAGUGCAGCCCAUGUCGAGGCUGGCCGUUUGGCUACUCCUCGCACUGCUACUCCCAGAACUGCCAACUUCAACAAUAUUCCAAAGCCAGAGGUCUCCACCCCUCGCAGCGCAACAUUCGCAGUCCUUCCAGCUCCUCCAUCUGCCGCUCUCCCCACCCCGAGAAGCGCAGCCAUGUUCUCUCCUACAAGAACUCAAGUAUUCGGACCCUACAUUCCUCACCAGAAUGUACCAGUUGCUCAGUCACCAGCCAAAGCUAGCUUUGCCUCCCCAAAGUCUGCAACUUUCUCCCCCAGAAGCAUCGCCUUCAGCCCAAUUCACGAGGACGUUGACCGUGAAAAAUUGCGGACUCCAACUGCAGUCAACAUGCUAGUUGAGCGAGCUCAAGAAAGCCAGCAGGGUUUCGUUUCUGGUCUUAUGUCCCCAGUCGUUCUAAACCAGUUCCAAAGCUUGUGGAAUGUCGCCAACGGCCAAAUGAUCGCGAACCAGACUUUCUCCAUGGGCAUGUUCCGUGAAGAUUCUUUCACUUUCACUGGUGCCGAACACUUCACAUUUGGUGCCGACGCUAGCGCUGCCUUCUACCGUCUUUCUGCUCAUCCUUCUCACCAACAAGAUGCUUUGUUCUCCGAUCUUAAGAUUCACCGAUCGAACCCAGCUACCCAAUUUGAAAUUCCAGUCAUCCAUCUCCAACUCGAGGCCCCAACUCUUGAGGCCUCUGGUGUCGUUGCCUUGAUUUAUCCUCAGGUUGCCGGCAUGGUAGAGGAUAGGAAAUAUGACAUCAAAAAGAACCCAAAGUUUGAUGUUGGUGACGAAGCCGAAUGCUGCAGACUAGUCUACGAGCCUGGUAAGGGAUUUGCUCUUUUCCACCCAGCCAAGGACGAGGAAGGUGGAUGGCUCAACGUCGUUGUUAAUGGUCGUGUUGGUUUUGAUGUUAUCGGAGCCGAUGGAAGCAUCUCUAUUUGCUCUUCAACUCACGAUGAACCGCUCGUCACUCUUGACUUCGGCACAGCACAGUUGUCCGUUAAUACUGCUGCCUGCAGCACUAUCAACUCUUUUUACAUUGUUGACGUCGCAGCUGCAGCUGUUAUGACUGUUGCUACUGUUGAGGGUCGCCGACUUCGAGCCAUCCAGGAGGAUCUUGAUCAAAUUCUUGCAUACGAGCUUGCCACUAGCCCUGAUAUGAAUCAACUCAGCCCACAAGCAGCCUUCAAGCCCACCUUCGACUACUCCUUUGCCGCCGCCGUUGGACGCAAGAGUGAAGAGUUCCCAACUAGGAAGCGCACUGGUGGAGGGAAGAAAAAUUCCGGUGUCGGUAAAACACUCGACGAUUUCAUCAGGGCCCUUGUCCGAUUCCUCAAGUCACUCUCCGGCAAGAAGCAAAAGAAGUCGCGAAAGCCAUCCGUCGUGAACGAGCGAAACUCCCCGCCACCAGCUCAUUUCGCAUCUCCACGCAAUGACUUGGAGGAAUUCGAAUUCCCCUUUCAACGCCAGAGUCCUCGUACCGCCAGCAUCCACUCCCGCAACAACAGCUACCCAACCGUCGAGGUCAACCUCCCUCGUCCACCAUCCGCAGCAUACGUCAAAGACCGUGCUUCUCGAGAUCUUUCUACUCAUCACUGA